AUGGAUCACCUGACUGCGCUCUUCCAAGAGAUGUGGCUUCAAGAUGAAGUCCCGCAAGAUUUCAAAGACGCAACAAUCGUGCAUCUCUACAAGCGCAAAGGGAAUCGCCAAGUCUGCGACAAUCACUGCGGCAUCUCCUUGCUGAACAUUGCCGGGAAGAUCUUCGCUCGCAUCCUGCUCAACCGCCUCAAUAACCAUGUGGAACAGGGCCUUCUGCCGGAAAGCCAAUGCGGCUUCCGUCGUCAUCGUGGGACCACGGAUAUGAUCUUCGCCGCCCGUCAACUUCAGGAGAAGUGUCAGGAGAUGCGGACCCACCUGUACUCUACCUUCGUGGACCUGACGAAAGCCUUCGACACGGUGAAUCGUGAAGGACUGUGGAAGAUCAUGCAGAACUUCGGCUCUCCGGAGCGAUUCACUCAGAUGGUGCGUCAGCUGCACGGCGGUAUGAUGGCGCUAGUCACGGACAACGGAGCCGUCUCAGAGGCAUUAGCAGUGACCAAUGGAGUGAAGCAGGACUGCGUUCUGGCGCCUAUCCUCUUCACUCUUAUCUUCUCUGCCAUGUUGAUGGACGCCAACCGCGACGAACGCCACGGGAUCCGCAUCGCCUACAGGACGGACAGUCACCUCCUGAAUCAACGACGGAUGCACUUCCAAUCGCGCUUAUCCACAACCACCGUUCACGAACUCCUCUUCGCUGACGACUGCGCCCUGAACACCACCUCGGAAGAGGAGAUGCAACGGAGCAUGGACCUGUUCUCCGCCGCCUGCGAGAACUUCGGUCUGGUCAUCAACACACAGAAGACGGUGCUGAUGCACCAACCGCCACCCAACUCAGCCACAGCCCCCAACGCGCCGCCGCAAAUCAGCGUGAAUGGAACCCAACUGCAGGUGGUGGAGAACUUCCCGUACCUGGGCAGUACUCUCUCCCGCAACACCAAGAUCGACGACGAAGUCGCCAACAGGAUCUCGAUAGCCAGUCAAGCCUACGGUCAUCUCCAAAACACAGUUUGGAAUCGCCACGGUCUUCAACUGAGCACGAAGCUGAAGAUGUACAGGGCCGUCAUCCUGCCGACACUACUGUAUAUAGCGGAGAGUGGGACGGUGUACACGAGGCAGGCACGCCGUCUGAACCACUUCCACCUCAGUUGUCUCCGUCUCAUCCUGAGGCUGAACUGGCAGGAUCGAAUCCCCGACACUGAUGUGCUGGAACGGACGGGAAUCCUCAGCAUCUACGCCAUACUGAGGCAAAUGCAGCUGCGAUGA